AUGAAGCCUCCCUCUGUCCUGAUCUUCCUUUGCCUCCUGGUGGUCCUGGCCGGUGGGAACCUGGUCCAGUUUGGGAUAAUGAUCGAGAAGAUGACAGGGAAGUCAGCACUGCAGUACAAUGACUACGGCUGCUACUGUGGUAUCGGUGGCUCACACUGGCCAGUAGACCAGACAGACUGGUGUUGUCAGGCCCAUGACUGCUGCUAUGGGCAUCUGGAGAAGCUGGACUGUGAACCCAAAAUGGAAAAGUAUCUCUUCUCUGUCAGCAGGCGCAACAUCUUCUGUGCCGGCAGAACUGCCUGCCAGCGGCAGACGUGCAUGUGUGACAGGAGGGCUGCCCUCUGCUUUCGCCACAACCUGGGGACCUACAACCGCAAAUAUGCCCAUUAUCCCAACAAGCUGUGCACUGGACCUACCCCGCCCUGCUAG